GUCGGACGAGCUGCACACCAUUCCGGAGUGUGUAGCGGACCCAUCGGCGCAGGACAGAGACUAGAGCCCUACUUCAGAGCCUCUUUGGGACAGAACUCUUGAACUGGACCAACCUCCCCCGCAAGACCGAAACCCAUAAUGGCCACAGCAAGUACCUCUGGUCAAGCCCCCUUCGGGCUGGGCAAGCGGAAGAAGAACCCUGGACUCCUGGACCAGCUAGGCCGCUUCUUCGGAGGAGACAGGCGGAGAAAGGGCAAGGGCUCCUUCCGGGGCUCCCUGUCCUCCUCCCCACAGCGCCCUCUGCAGGGCUCCCCCCGUCGGCGCGGAGAUGAAAAUGCCGUCGUGCAGUUCUUCAGGACAAUUGUGUCCCCUCCUCCACCCAAAUCCAAGGGGGAGCAGAAGUCUACACAGGCAGGCCGCAGUGAAGGCCAGGGAACCUUGUCCAGGAUCUUCAAAAUGGGAGGAAGUAGAUCUGGGUCACCUGCCAAGCGCUGAUAUCCCUUCGUCCCAUUCCUUUUUAAUGCCAAAAAGGGUGUAUUUGGAAGAAAAAGGAAGCCAACGAGGGAGAUGAAGCAAGAAGCCGGAUUGAUAGCCUCACCGCUGCCCUGCCGCUAACGCACUAACGCUGACCCUUGCGUUUCCACCUCACAGCUCAGCCGCUACAUCUAACCCGUCCCCCGGGACACAAGCGUGGCUGUCCUAACCAGAAUCACAGACAGCCUUCUCGCGCAUGCAGCCUCGAAGGCUCUCAUUUCCCCUGUCCUCCUUUCUUCUGUUGCUGUUGUUGUCGUCGUCAAAGUGUCAAACACUAACAGUGGGGACUGGAACACUGGUGGGCUUGGUGACCAGCCCGUCUGAAACGUUCCCUUUCCGUCGCCUCUCCCGUGAAAGAAGGCCGUGUUUUCUUUUUUCCAAGCCUCCCUUCUCCCUUCCCGUAUUUGCGGUGUUUACCACCUAACAGAUUAUUAGUUAUUAGAGUAGCUUAGAAAUGUUUCUCGUGACUCUUCUUGUCAUCUCAUGCAGGUUAGUGUCUUUGGUUGUAAAUGUGCAGCCCAGUCACUCACAGUCCGUGUGCUUUCACUCCGAGCAUCCUGCUCAAACUGCAACUGAAACUGCACAGAUUUUAAUACCUCCAUCCCAACAUAACUUACAGGCCGUUUGCCUGGAAUCUGUAAUAUUUAGCGGCUGAUCUUGUUAGCUGUAAAAUUGGAGGGAAAAGUGACCUACAAGGCUUGUAAUUUAACCAAUUAUAUAUAAAUAUAUAUAAAUAAUGUACUUUUUCAUGGCACCCACUGAUUUUUUAUCUGCUAACGAUUCUCCUUUUUAGCAUGAACACAUCAUUAAGUUAAUUAAGGUGCUAAAAUUUUAAUGGGAAUGGAACGCCAUUUUCCCAGUCAUAAUUUAAGUAGAUUAAAAGUCUGUCUGUACUGCACUGUUUUUGUGACUGUGAGGAAACAGCCUUCACCGAAUCAAGUUCUGGGGGGGGGGGCAUUAGUAUAAUUACCCUGGUCAUUACAUCAUGAUAAAUUUAACCCCACACCCACUACCCACCCCAAGCCAUAAAAGUGUAUUUUUUGUUGUACGCUAUCAAAAUGUCUCGUGUUUGGGGUUUGUUCCAUUUGUUAUCUGUCAAAAUAAAAAUAAAUAAAUAAAUGAACAGCUAGUUAACGCAAUGCCAUUUGUAAACGCAAGAGAAACACUGCGUCAUGUUUGUCUACCUUUGUUUUCUUGUGUCCUGAUGAAAGUGUUUCCAGCCGUCGUGAAAAAACAGACACACCCUUUUUCGCAUUUAAGCGAACGCUGGGAUGGAGAGAAAUAGGACAGGCAGCAGGAAAGUUUGUCGAGUCUCCUGAGGAACAGAAGGAUGGAGAUUCAUCUCCGCCGUGGUUGUGCCCCAAAAACAACAGCACCGUUUGUGUAUUUAAAGUAAGCUUCAGUCUGCGUACGUGUGACUCUGUGUGUGCAGCUCAUGCGUUUAAACCAUCAGGUUAAACCUAGGAGCCUUCGCUGGACCCGGCACAAACAAAAUGACCCGCCUCUUAACUUAAAUAAAAGCCAUUUAAAAGUU